AAUUGACAAGCACCGGAACGGCUACGCAACGUCAUAUGAUUAAAAUACGUGUUCAUUAACAUUAAGAAACGCGUUCUUGUAAUAGAGUACAAUAGGAAAUCUCCAAAUGUGGACGUCCAUAACCAAAUGUUGAUCAGCUAUCACUAAUUUGUGUAGCAGAUUUUUAAUUUGUAGCAAAAAUAAUCGUGUAAUUUAAAACCACUUGGGGUAAAGUUGACUGCACAGCUAAUACGACUCACGCGUUGGACUGUAGACCUUUUAAACGGUUAUAUAUAUAUAUACUGGUAUAUAUAUUUUUUAAAUGGAGUACGCUGUAUUUUGCGACUCUCCGUUUCAGAUCUCAUUGAGGGAGAUUUUGGAGGUCCAGGGGCAACCAGUAAGAGAGGAGCAGGCGUGGGCUAUCUGCCAUCAACUAUGCGUUUUGCUGGUUCCGCAUCCCAGGAAUCAGAACUGGGGAGACGGGACAACAUGGAAGAUACCGAGGAUUCGGGGGCCUGAAAGCGUCCUCGUAAGAAAGGAUGGGACACUAUCAGUAAAAACAGAAGAUAGCUGCCAUGGAUCUGACUUGCAGACUGAAGAUCAAAUGGUUGAUUUCCUGGGAAGGUUGAUCUAUUCUGCCCUGGAUUGGGGCUUGGGCAACGAUGUGGAGAGGGAGCUGAGCGACACCUUGGAACUGCUCAUCUACCAGAUGACCAAACUGGACACCCACCACAUGAAAGCAGGGGAGCACUUCCAACCAGUGUGCACCUUCGAGGAAGUCUUGCAGAUCUGCGAGGUACGCUUGUAUAACCCUGCCAUGGCUGCUCACCACUACAGAGCUGUUUGUGCCAUCUUCUUUGCUGACACUAUGGACCUCUGUCAAUAUAUACAUAAAAUCCAGCAUGCAAAAGAGACUCUGCAGAAGUUGGUGUAUAAUCCAGACCGUGGUGUGGUUGCUCCGUUAACUGCUAACUGGGUCCACACGUGGAAACAUGUGAUUGAUGAACUGAGGACUGGGGUGUCGUUGCGGAAAAGCGAGGAGCACCAAAAUACCAGCAGCUUUCUGGAGGUGGAUCUGUCCCCUCACGAGAAACUGAUGAAUGACAUUCGAUACAGGCAGUACACCCUCCGCAAGGUUCAGACUGUUGAUAACUUGCAGAGGCUGUCGAGCCCCCAUGAUGUUGUUCUGAACUUUGUUCGCUCUAACCCACGUUUGAAGCCAGCCUCCGACAGAAGGCUAAAGAGUCUUCCCAAAGAAGAAGCAAGUCUGCACCAGCUGCUUAUGACUGAAAUAAGAUCAGCUGGGAAACUACGACCCCUAGCUUCUCUGAGGAGGAGGCAGGCUGCUUGCCAAGAUGUUAAUACUGCAUCGCCCCCAAACUGUGUGGUCUCUACGUCCAUCUCCACUUCCAAAGAUUCCCUCGCUGAUGACCCUUUCUACCUGUUGAGACCCAUUCCCAAACCAGAUCUCAAGGACUUUGAAUUGGAGGAAGACUGCAAGUCUUUUGAGAGCAGUGAUCUGAUGCACUCUGCCGAGUUACCAAGCAGCUGUACAGAGGCGAAGUUCUUUCCAAUGCUGUCAUCAUCCCCACAAGCCUUGGAAAACGGCGUUUCAGACCAGAGACGCAGGUCCAAGUCAUUUGACAGUAGCUUUGGAUUAAAUAAAAAGGACUUCCAUGAUGAUUGCCAGCCUCCCACCAUUGCUGACGUGAUGAAGCUCCGGCAGGCAGAAUGUAGACCAUACUCUGGUUAUGGCAGCAGUAGAAAUAGGAGGAUGUGUUCUAACUGCUGCAAGAAAAGUGUUCAUUUCACCUGGCAUAAUACCUGCGCCUUCUGUAACAGGGUUGUGUGUCUGGAAUGCUGCAUGGAGAUGCUGCUCCCCUACAAAUGGUGCGUGCAUCUUCCAGUGAGCUUCUUCAAGAAACUUGUUCUAAUGAAAGAUGGGGAUCCAAUCCGCCAAACCCAGGAGACGAGCACCUUCUGGCAGGAGAGAUGGGACUGGGAUUGCUCCAGAAUUCCGCUGGUCCUAGAGUCCCGAAAACCAUGCAAGACGGCCCCCCAGCACCGAUCUGCCAUGCAGGACUGGUACAGUAAUGAUAUCUGUGUUGGCUGCCAGGAGCUCCUUGUGGAGGUCUGUGACUCCUCCUUCCUCUUCCUGGGUGCUGCCUCAACCAAAAAAACGCGAGAACUCUGAAUGCUCGAUCCCAUUGCAAUUUAAUAAUGUGACUAACUGGGAGCUUUUCCUCCACUUUAUUUCCGCAUACAAAUCCAGUUUUUUGGAUCUUUCACUGCAUACAGUUCAAAGUAUGUGCAGAGCACAUGUGUUCACAUGUUAAAUCACGCUUCUAUUUAUUUUGUAUAUAUUUUAACGUGAUGCACUUUUUUAAAGAAUGAAAUCACUUGCCAUUUAUUUUCACAUCAAGUCUCUUAUUUGUACAUUAUGAAUUUCAAUGGAUUUCAGCUGUUUAAUUCUCAGCCUUUGUGUGUACUCCCUCCUUUUUUUUUCUUGUGUGUGUUUUUAAAAAUCUUUCUUAAAGAUUAAAGAUAUUUUAUAUAUAUUACAAAA